AUGGUUUCCAUUUCUCUCCUGCGCUUAUCUCCAAUUCCCACCCCAAAAACCCUAUCAAAACCUCGCCCCUUUUCUUCCUUCAACCCAUCCUCAAUUCCCUCUCUCAAAUUCCUCCCUAAAACCCGUCUGUCACGAAAGUCCAGUAUCGUCACCCGGAUGUCAUACAAUCCCACACCUGCCACAGAUCGGUUAGUCUCGGCCGUUUCUUACACUCUCCCUUUCUUUAACUCUCUCCAGUACGGCCGCUUCCUUUUCACCAAAUACCCAUCUCUGGCUCUCCUCGUUGACCCUCUAAUCCCUCUCUUAAGCCUCUACAGAUCAAUCCCAUAUGCGAGUUUUGUGGCCUUUUUCGCUCUCUACUUGGGUGUGGUGAGAAACCCAAGAUUUAGUCAGUACGUGAGGUUCAAUGCAAUGCAAGCUGUGACUUUAGAUGUUCUAUUGGUGGUGCCUUUGCUUUUGACCCGGAUCUUCAAUCCGGGUCGGGCCGGGUUAGGGUUUAAGUUGAUGGUUUGGGGUCAUAAUGCUGUGUUUUUGUUUAGUUGUUUCUGUUUUGUUUAUGGGUUGGUGAGUUCUGUUUUGGGUAAGACUCCUUAUUUGCCGUUUAUCGCUGAGGCUGCUGGUAGACAAGUAUGA